AAGCUUAAAAACAUGUCAGAACAUGAAAAAAUUAAAAACAAAAGUGGUCCGUGGAUUGAUCAGAUUCAAUCGUUCAAUGAAUUAUAUCAUGAAGAAGUAAACAAAAUAGAAGUGAACCCAGGAAUAAAACUGGGAUGGGUCAAAGGCGUGUUGAUUCCAUGUCUACUCAGCAUCAAAGGCGUGUUGAUUUUCUGGCGGCUGCCAUGGAUUGUAGGACAAGCUGGAAUUUUUCAUUUAAUCAUUUUUAUUUUUAUUGCAUUGUUUAUUAUUUUAAUCACCACUUUUUCAAUGUCUGCGAUCAGCACAAAUGGAAAAGUAACCGGAGGGGGUCUUUAUUUCAUUAUUUCCCGAUCAAUUGGUCCGGAAAUUGGAGCGUCAAUUGGUAUCCUAUUAGCAUAUGCUAGCACAAUUUCUGCGGCAAUGAACACAAUUGGAUUUUGUUUAUCUUUAAGAUCAUUACUAAGAUCACACCAUAUAGAUAUAAUCAACUCAAAUUACAGAGAAUUUGGAGUAGUAUUUAUAAUAAUUAUAAAUAUACUUUGUUGUAUUGGCAUGGAUAGAGAAGCUGAAGUGCAAUACGCUCUUCUGCUAGCCAUAAUUUUCGGUAUUUUUAACAUAAUUAUUGGCUCAAUUAAUGGCCCACAGACUAAUUUAGCAAAGGCAUCAGGAUUCACUGGAUUCAACAUGGAAACCUUCAAACAAAACUGGUAUUCAGACUAUAGGAAUAUAGACAACGUUCAUCAUUCUUGUUUUACAAUUUUCGGAGUUUUCUUUUCAUCUGUAACUGGUAUUAUACACGCUGGAGUAAAACAAUCUGGAAAUCUUAAAAAUUCUAGUGCUUCAAUACCAAAAGGAACAUUAUUAUCAAUUUUCAUUACUUUAACUAUGUAUAUUGUAUUAAUAGUAGUACUUGGAUCGGUUCAAUUGAGAGAAGCGAGCGGCAUUGAAACCGAAUUUCAAAAUGGAUCUUUUUUAAAUUGUUCAUCUGAAUUUAAAAAUUGCACCAAAGGAUUGUACAAAGACGUAUAUGUGAUGCAGACUAUUUCGUGGUUGCCGAUUACUAUAUAUUUCGGUUGUUUUGGAACUACUAUUAGUAGUGCUUUAACUUCAUUAAUAUCCGUUCCAAAGUUGUUACAAAGACUGGGACAAGAUGAUGUUCAUCCGAUUUUUAAAUUUUUAUCAAAAGGCUAUGGGAAAAGGAAAAAACCCUAUCGUGCACAAGUUUUUGUCAUGAUUGUGUCAUCAAUGUUAGUUAUUAGAGGUGACUUCGAUGAAAUUGCCUCAUUGGUGUCAGUCGUUUAUUUAUCUGCAUACACCAUGUUAAAUUUGUGUACAUUUCAUGUUGCACAUUUUAAGCCUUUGGGUUGGAGGCCAACAUACAAGUUUUAUAACAAAUGGUUAAGUCUUGCCGUAGCUAUUAUCUGCAUUUCGAUAAUGAUAUCAUUUAAUCAAAAAAUGUCAGCAAUUGUUGGUUGUGCUAUAUGUGUUUUGUACAUACUUGCUGGUAGAAAAAAUGAAGUGAAAAAUUGGGGAUCUUCUAAGCAAGCACAUCAAAUAAAAACCCUUAUAAAAAACGUGUACAAGGCCAAUACAAUUCAAUACCAUAUCAAGAACUAUUUACCAAAUAUAAUUGUGUUUUCUGGAAACCCUGAGUCAAGAAAAAAGUUAGUUUCUUUAGCUCAUUUGAUUACUAGGAAUAAUGGUGUACAAAUAUGUGUCAAUAUUAAAAAGACAUCGCUUACACUAAGCCAAAAGAAAAUAUACCUUGCCAGAGGAAUUCAAUGGUUAAGAAAUUCUGGAAUCAAAUCCCUAUAUGUUGUCAUUGAUAACAUAAAAUUGGAUUUAGCAACUCAUAUGAUAUAUAGCUGUGGACAUGGACAAUUGAGACCAAAUAUAGCAAUGAUAGGAUACAAGUCCGAUUGGUUAAAUUGCCCUCAUCAAGAUCUUCAGACUUAUUUAAAUAUUUUCAAUGUUGCAAAUAUGAAUAACAUGUCGACAAUCAUGGUUCGUGUGUCAUCAACCGAGGGUUAUGAUAAACGGAAUUUAUUAAUUCAAGAUUUUAAGAUGGCUGAUUGCUUUAUAAAAAUAAAAAACAAGGAAUUUUCCUUCGAGAAGAAAAAACGAAAUCAUGGGACAGUAGAUGUGUGGUGGUUGUACAACGACGGAGGUUUAUCGUUAAUCAUUGCAUAUAUAUUGAAACAAAGUAAUACGUGGAAGAAUUGUAAAUUUCGAAUUUUUGGAGUAACAAACAGAGUUGAUUGUUUGUCUGAAGAAAAAUUCAAAUUAAAACAAUUGUUAGCACUGUAUCGAAUUGAUUUCGACUACUUGGAUAUCAUUUUAGCAAACACCGCUGGUCUUACAACAAUGACAUAUUUCAAUUCUUUAUUGGAACGUGUGGUUCCCAAAGAGAAUCAAUUUGAUGAUUGCAGUUCACAAACAGAACAUAUCUCUGAAACGUUGUUUUUAAGAGAUUUAAUCGAAUUGCAUUCAUUUAAUUCUGAUCUUAUCAUCUUAACAACUCCAAAAAAUAACGAGGAAAUCAAUAUAUUAUUCAUGUGUUGGAUAGAAACGAUUUCUAGAGGGUUACCGCCGUGUAUUAUAAUCAAUGGGAGUACAGAGCCAGUUCUUACUGUCAAUGUUUAAGCCAUAAAUACAUAAAAUACGCAUACAUUGUACUUUAUUUAUGUAUACAUUCACGCACUCUAGAAUUUCCUUUCAAAUUAAUGUAGGUAGGAAGUUGUUUUUUUUUUCUUAGAUUAGAUUGAACUGGAGCAUGAAGUUCCAAACUCUGGUUUCAAACGCAAAAUGCCCAAAAAAAGUUCGUAAAUCUGUAUUUUAAUACAUAAAUAGACAUUAUGUCUUUAUCUCGAAAGAAUACUGUUAAAUUUGCAUCUCUCUGGAACGACUAAAUCGAAAAUAGUAAAAAUGAAACAUUGCAAAGAAGUUGAAUAUGCUCCAGACCUCAAAUAUUUAACCUAACCCUGUCUUUAGGACUUUAUUAGACCAACGCUUCGGGCUUUCGAAUAAAACUGCAGGAAAUUAGUAUUUUAUGUAAAGAAACUGUAUUCACAAAUAUAUCCGCAGAACCAGUUAUCUCACUUAUCAACUCAUAAAAAUAAAUCGUUUUAUUUUAAUUACCAUUACGGAAUUCUAUAUUUUAAAAUUAGUGAUAUAACGUAAUAUAAUUUGUACAAUCUUACAACAAUUAGCAUAAUAUUAUAUACACUUGUUUAACAACAAUACUACCUAUUACCUAUACCUAUACAACUUUGUAACUUAUUGAUAAUAUCAA